GUCUCUCGGUGACUCUCAAAGGUGAAACUUGUGGCUCUUGCAUUGAGACUCUUUUUCCAUUGGCUUCUCUUUUUUUGUAUUCUUUAUUUCCUGCUAACCACUUUGUGCCCUCUUUUUGCGUGGGACGAAGAGAAAACUCUUUCAGAUUUGAUAAAAAGGUGCUUUUUGUUCGGAAAAAGGGUAUAGCAGUGGAUUAAACUGAUCUCAUUUAAUGACCAUAUUGGAUGACAAAAAUCAUCAAUUUCUCGGUCUUAGAAAAAUACAUCACCAUCGAAAUAAAGAAGAUCAAUUAAGGAAAAGAAAAAUAGUUUUAUGAAAACAAUGCUUAAAUUGUGCUUUACUGUGGAUUAAGUAGAGUUUCCGUGGAAUUGAAAACAAAUAGUGCUUUUGAAUGGAAUUACAGAGUGAUUCCUACGUGAAAUCAGUGCGUUUGAAGAGAAAAUUUCAAUGUGUGAAGUGCAUCUGUAGGAAUUGAAUUGGAAAUACACAGAAAUCUUUCUUUCUGCCUUCUAGAGAGAGAGCAGAGUGCAAAUUCAUUGACCCAUAGAAGCUUGACAGAAGACGAGAUAGCACCUUCGGGGAGAGAUAAUAUAAAAGCUGAUUAAUUUUUUAAAACUUUGUGUGGAACACUAAAUUUGCAAUAGAAACUUAAAUAAAAUGCCGUCCCUUGUGGAAGCUUUGGAGCAGAAAUAUGGUCUGGCUAACCUGGAUAUUCAGACCCAACAUGAGGAGUCCCUGGUCUCAAUUUUUGUGCCAAAACUGCCGCCGCGAAAGAGCGUGCCAGAACUUCUAGUCCUAAACGACUGCAACAUCGAUAAGGCUGGUGAGUCUGAGGUUUUGCGCAAAAAAUGCAGCACUGUGAAGGAGUUGGAUCUGGCUCAGAAUAAAUUGGAGCAAUGGGGUGAAGUCUUUGGAAUCCUAACUAAUAUGCCUCGCGUGGAAUUCGUAAACCUCAGUCUCAAUCGUCUGGGUGGUCCUGUAGCACCACCCCGAGAAUUCGCCAUGACACGUCUUAGGAGCCUCGUACUCAAUAAUACGCGUCUAGACUGGGAAAAUGUGGAAUCUUUGUUGAAUCUUCUCCCUAUGCUUGAGGAGUUACAUCUAAGCCUCAAUGACUAUAAACAGGUGCUUAUUGAUACAAUUGAGGAUGACUUCAGUGAGUCACUCGAGGGUAUACAGCUCAAUGACGACGAGGAGGAUGAGGAAGCAACGGAGGAGGACGAAAUGGCCAAUCAAGUGUGCACAUGCGGAUCAAAGAGCAAGAAAGACCCACUGACAGCUGGAGCCGUACGGACUGAUUCCGUAUGCUCCAUGUACAAGAAAACAAAUGCCCAUGAGGGUGUCAGGAAGCUCCAUUUUACAGGAAAUCCCGUCACGCAGUGGCUUGAGAUUUGUCGACUUGGUCGUGUAUUUCCUAAUUUGGAGUCUCUCGUGCUCGCAGAUUGUCCUAUAAAAUCAUUGGAGUACCCCAAUACUGCCACUAGUGCUCAGCAGGGUAAUGACAACAAUAGUGAUCCAGCUCACGCGCAUUUCCAAAAUCUAACAUUUCUCAAUUUGAGCAAUUCCGAUAUUCAAACAUGGGAUGACAUUGACAGACUGGCACGUUUCCCAAAGCUUAAGAACCUCCGGGUUCAGAAUUGGCCAUUGUGGGAUAAAUGUGAUUCAACGGAGCAUGAACGGAGACAGUUGCUAAUUGCUCGCCUGCCCAAAGUCCAGACCCUCAAUGGUGGUGGGGUUGUAGGGGCAGAGGAGCGUGAAGAUGCCGAAAGGGCCUUUAUACGAUACUACAUGGAUAAACCCGAAAGUGAUCGUCCCGAGAGAUACGCAGAACUGAUUUCCAUCCAUGGAAAAUUGGAUCCUCUCGUGAAUAUUGACUUGAGACCUGAAAAACGAGUGAAGGUCACAUUCACGUACGGAGAUACAAGCGAAGUUAGGAGUGUCGACGUCUACAGGACUGUUUUUGACCUAAAGACGCGCCUGGAGCGCCUUGUGAGCAUUCCAGCGGCUAAGAUGCGCCUAUACUACGUGGAUCAAGAGCUGCGUGAUCUUCAGGGACCAGAGGAGAUGAAAUACCCUCAUAAGCAGCUCUACAGCUACAAUAUACGUUCGGGUGAUGAGAUAAUCAUUGAUCGAAAGCACUAGAGUAGAGGAUCUCAUUGAGGCAUGCACACGUGAUUUGCUGAGAGACUUUGACUCUCACUUCCUGGAUUAACAAAAAAAUAAAUAAAUCGUCAAAAUGUGAUAAUUUGUGCGUAUUUUGUAUUGCGGUGGUGGGCAUAUCAAAAAUGGAUGCGAAAGACGCGCAAAAUGUGGAAUAGAUUGGCGAAAUGUCUUCGAUCGCAUGAAAAGCGAUAUGAUUUAUUAACUUAAAAAAAAUGUUUUAUUUAAUUACACUGAAUAUCAAUUUACUAAUUUUACUAUAAUAUAGAAUCGAGAGAAAAUAGCAUAAGAAUUUUCCAGGAGAAAUACAAGGAAUUUGCGUGGAUGUGAAAUAAAUAAAAUUAAAUAUGAAAAGAA